UGAACAGUGCGCCACCGGUGACUGCUUUCAUCUUUUGCUGUGUAAUAUCUGAUUGAGUUGCACUACCAGUCCAUUACCGAAGAACAGUGUGGUUAGUUUACUGUUAAUUCAGUUCACGGCAUGGAAUACCUGAUUGGGAUACAAGGGCCGGACUUUGUCUUGGUCGCAGCAGAUAAUGUAGCAGCCAGUAGUAUAAUACAGAUGAAACACGAUUAUGACAAGAUGUUCAAGCUCAGUGAGAAGAUCUUGCUCCUGUGUGUGGGUGAAGCUGGAGACACAGUACAGUUUGCAGAAUACAUUCAGAAAAAUGUCCAGCUUUAUAAAAUGAGAAAUGGAUAUGAGCUAAGUCCAUCAGCAGCUGCAAACUUCACAAGGAAAAACCUUGCAGACUAUCUGCGCAGUCGGACUCCAUAUCAUGUGAACCUGCUCUUAGCAGGAUAUGAUGAAACUGAUGGUCCCGGCCUGUACUACAUGGACUACCUGUCAGCACUUGCCAAAGCCCCUUUUGCUGCACAUGGAUACGGUGCUUUCCUCACCCUCUCCAUCCUGGACCGAUACUACAGACCAGAUCUGACCCGUGAGGAGGCCGUGGAUCUGCUGAAGAAGUGUAUAGAAGAGCUCAACAAACGUUUCAUCCUGAACCUGCAUUCUUUCACUGUCCGUUUGAUUGACAAGGACGGCAUUCAUGACAUGGAGAAGCUUUCCGCAGACCCCAAAUGAGCAACUACUGUUAUUCCCCUCUGGUCACACUCUUUUAUAUUGCAAAUGUAACCCUCUGUGCUCUAAUAAAACAAAAAUUCCUGUUAGAUAAACAAUCUUAUUUUGGCUUUAUUAAUGAAUUAAGGCAUAUUUACAUUCAAAUGUAUAUCUCAGAUUUAAUCGGGUAGUUGUGUCAUAUAGUGUGACCAAAAUUUAGAAAACAAACCUUUAAUAAUAUAAUAUUUAUAUUAUGAAUGUUUAUUUUUUACAUAUUAAACAGCAUAAGAGAGAUAUAUCUUCAUUGUUAGUUAUGUCAUACCAAAGGACACGUGUAUAAUAUAUAAUAUAUCAACUACCCAAUCACUUCCUGCACUUUGUUACACAAAAACACACUCAAAAGUUUGUCAGGUCUAUUUGUGUCAUGCUGCAAAGUUGGCAAAAAGGGAUUUAAAAAAAGAGACGUGCGCUUCUGCUA